AUGACGGAAACUGCCAAAGAGUCGGUGGUACAAGUGUUGAAGAAAUAUAGGCAAAUAUUUGCAUGGGGACCUGAGGAUAUGCCAGGAGUGGAUCGAUCCAUAAUAACUCAUCGGUUGGCGGUUGAUCCGACCUACCGACUUGUUGUUCAAAGAAAGAGACAUCUCUCGAUAGAUCGACGAGAGUUUGUGAAAAAGGAAAUUGACGCAUUACUAGUGGCUGGCAUGAUCAGGAGGAAUCCGACCUCGUCAGGUCGGCUAGUAAAGUGGGCUGUCGCGCUGACCCAAUAUGGAAUUGAGUACCAACUGCGACCUGCCAUCAAAGCCCAAGCAUUGGCUGACUUCAUAGUCGAAUGCACAACUCAGGAUUCAAAAGGCAACUCGGUAAUAGUUCCUGACUCUGAAGAAUGGUGGGAAAUGCAUGCUGAUGGUGUCUCAAGUCAAAAGCAUCACGAAGCGCGAGUAAUGUUAACCACCCCAGAAGGAUUUGGAUUGUUCUAUGCCCUGGAAUACCAAUUCAAAACCUCCAACAACGAAGUCGAGUAUGAAGCCGUCCUUGGUGGGCUGCGGGUAGCCAAAACUUUGGGAGCUAAGAGACUCCGCAUCCGGACCGACUCACGCCUGGUAGUCGGACAGGUGAAGGGAACUUAUGAGAUUAAAGGAGAGAGAAUGAGGCAAUACAACGAGGUGACUGAGGGACUCCUAAAGGAGUUCCAAGCUUAUGAUAUCGACCAUGUUCCUAGAGUAGAAAAUUCAGGGGCAGAUGUUCUAUCUAAGAUAAAAUUGGGAAGGAUACCAGAAUACCUAGUGGGCAUAUGUCGGAAGGAGAUGGUGGAACGACCAAGUAUAAAGACUCGGGAUAAGGUGGCAGAGAUGGUGAAUGAGAUAAGCCAGCAGGGACAAUGUCAGAGAGAAAGUAGUACUGAAAAGAAAAUUCCUCCUAAGGUUCAGGUAUUGGCCGAAAAUUCCUCCUAA